CCCGCAUGCGCAAAGUUGGGUUGGCUUCUUCCGGUCUGUGCGGUUCAGCUCUUGGUGUCAACAAAAUGCUGGACAUACGAGGUUGGGCAGAGUACAUUGUGGAAUGGGCUGCUAAAGACCCUUACGGUUUCCUUUCAGCUGUUAUCUUGGCACUAACUCCAUUGUUCAUAGCAAGUGCACUAUUGUCGUGGAAACUGGCAAAAAUGAUUGAAGCUAGAGAUCGAGAACAGAAGAAGAAACAAAAACGUCAAGAAAAUAUUAAUAAAGCCAAGAGAGCAAAGAAGGAUUGAACAUGUAACCAAGAAACAUUCCUUUUCUUGAACUAAAAUACAGCUUGUUAUGCAUAUUUAACAAUUUGGCAAUAACCUCAAGAUCAGUGUCGUAUUUCAAUUUGCUUCAUUAGAUCUGUGCUCCUAUUGUCUAAUAAUUUGUUGGAAUUUUUAUGAUAUCCAUUAGCAAUCAUGAUAAUCACUCAUGCUUUACAGCUAAUUUUAUACUUGUUUACUAUUUAAAUUGAGUGUAUAUAUUUCUCAUUCCUCAAGUACCUGUUUCAUCAAUUCCAUAAUCUUGUGACUGAAGAUGUACUGAGAAAUUGCACUGAAAUCAAUGGAUUGAUACAAUAUGAUUACUAUUUCUAAAUUAAAAAUUACUUGUAAUUUAUAUCCAGUUCUAUUUUUGCUCAAGAGCUUGAUAUUACUAAAUUCAAUUCAUAAUUGCAAAGUAAUGAGAGAAGGGAAAAACAUUUUAAAAUUUUUGUUUAGUAAUAUGGUGCAUAUUAAAGCCUUUGAAUGGCAAUGUUUCCUUUACAUGGUCUGUAGUAAGUCUUGAAUUCUUUAUUACAUUAAAAGAAUUGUAGAUGUACAUGUACAUGUUGAUGAGUUAUAGUCAAACAUCAAAGUACUUUCAGUAAUCAAAAAUGCCUAAAAACAGUACAGUUCACAAAUUGUUUCAUGCUUCAAAUCCUCCAUUUGGAUUAAGGAAUUGAUAUUUUAACAAAAUAGUUAUAUUUUUUUUAUCAGAUCCUGGGUUUCAUUAAUAACUUGAACUGUUAAAAUAAUAUUUUAGAAAUCUUGUGGUAAGGUCACACAAUUCUCUUUAACGAAAAUACUUAAAACAAAGGUAGCACGUCUGGAUUAGUUCAAAUAGUGUCUCAAGUCUUUUGAGAACAUUCACAAUAAGAAUUGGGGACCAUCUUGAGAUUGGCUAAGAAGUUUGGCCAGAAUGUACUUUUGGCGUGGUGAUGGCAGAACAUUUAAACUGUUGUUUGAAAAUAAUAUUUGUUUCCCAGCUUUUGAAAUAUAUUGCCUAAUUAUUAUUGUAAAAAGAAAAGAUUUGGAGUAAAUGAAUACAGAGUUUUGAGGGAGAUCUUUAGGAAAUCUAUUGACCUAAACUGUAAUGGUGACAAUAGGAAACAAAGAAACAAAUAGGAUCUUGAUCUUUGUAGCUUGAUUAAGAUUUAUGUGCAAGUGACCUUUUAGGAUGAUUUAAAUUGCACUUUGAGAGUUUUAAUACAAAUCUGUGGAUGUGGAUGAAUAUAGUUCAUACUGUAUACAGUGUGUGUGUGUACAGGAAUAGUAGAAAAUAUAGCCAAAUCUAGCAAUGUUGGAAGACAUCUGAAGUAUUAGAUUUGUUGACAUAUUUAUCAAAGCAAAGUUAUUUUUUCAUCAAUAGGAUUGUAAGGAAAAUUGGGAAGAGUUUAAGGCUGUACUUACAUUAUAAAAUGACAGAUUCUGUGAUGGAGCAGAGCAACUGACCUUCUGCACCUUGUCUCUGGCCUCCAAUAUGUCUGCAAGGGGUCUUUAAGUUACUUAGUUAAUUCCAGCAUUUCCAUGAGUCUAGUGUCCCUUCCCAGAGCCUAGCCCCAUAAACCAAACCACCUAGAUCCAUGCUUUGGUGCUUUGGUGCUUUGGAUGUUAUGUACCACUACUGAAAUAAACUGAGAGAAACAUAACAGAUUAUAUAUAGUAUUUGCCUGAUUCAAACUCUCUUCCACUUUAAAGCUAUUGCAUAAUUUAAAUUGUUUUCUAUGGCUGAACCUUGAAAGUUGCUAACUGACACUUGCAAAUUACCACAAUUAAUCAAAAAUUUCUCCCAAUUUUGUCAGUCUUUUACAUUACCUAGCACAAUUCUUGAAGAUCAUCCCACAAUUUAGAGCCUUGGGAAAUUAUUGAGAAACCAUAAAUUGCAGUUAAGUAUUAAUUGCCCAUGCUGGUAAUGAAGCUUGUUACUUUUGGAAAUGCUCUAAUGCAAUUACAAACUUGUAUUGCCUGAAAAUUCUUUUUAUAAAUCUGUUAUAUCUAAUAUGAUGGUAUGCAACCAUCCCGUUCAAUAAAAUUCAAAUUACAUUUAUCUGAGAGCUGAUUUUAGUAAAAUUAACA